AUGUCCCUCGUCCAAUACUCCGAUACAGGGUCUGAAAGCGGAUCCGGACAGGAAGACAAGGACAGCAGCGCAUCGAGAUCGACAAAGAGACGCUGCCGUGAGCCUGGCGGUGUGUCGCAAAGAUCCGGAGGACAAGAUGCUGCCUCUUUGCCGCCACUGCCUGCUGAAUUUCGAGACUUGUACUCGACAUCCGCGAGAAUCAGCGUGCAAGAUGAUCCCAGCCUUCACAAUGGAAGGACAAGGGCAAUUCCCCAUGUGGUUGGUAACUGGCCAACUCACAUUUACCUAGAGUGGUACCCUAAUAAUACCGAACUAGGAGUCUUAUCCAACAUUAUCAAAGGAUGUGAAAGCACAGAAGGGAACGGCGUAGCUAUUCAUAGCCUCCUUUACAGCGAUCUUGGUGCCCAACUACCGCUGCACAUCAGCCUUUCCAGGCCUGUGGUACUUUUGACGGAGCAACGAGAAUCAUUUCUUGACCUUUUUCGUGACUACAUCAAAAACUCAAAAAUCCAGCCGUUUGAAGUCUCUCCACAAAACCUAGCCUGGGUGUCAAAUUUUGAAAACACAAGGUGGUUUCUCGUCCUUCGGCUGAACCGCCCCGCAAAUAAUGGCUUGAACCAAUUACUGCGUCUUUCAAAUAGCAGUCUUGCAUGCUUCGGUCAACCACCCUUAUAUGAGAGUCCUGGUGGUACGCAAAAACGAAAACACGGGAGGCAAGCAGGACACCAGCGUAACCCAUCUUCAUCUACUGGUUCUAUUGAUGCCGAUUAUACCAGCUGUUUCCAUAUUUCAAUCGCUUGGACGCUCGAAGAGCCUUCUGAUGACGAGAAGGAGCGACUUACAUCUAUAGAGUUACCAGCUCGUGACCUUAUAAUCAAAUUCAAUAAUGUCAAAGUAAAAGUCGGGAAUCAAAUACACGGUGAAGCGCUUCUAACCUCGAUCGCUGAUGGAGCAGGCCUUGAGGGUGUCUAG